UCAGCUUGGCUUGGCUGGGUCCCUCGGCCGGUCGCUUUCCCAGCGCCAGGGUUCCUGAGCCUCUUUCAUGCUUUUGACCUUUUUUUAUGGGGGACUUCGUUGCCCGGCUGAACCUAGUCGCGAACCUUGGCUGGCGAUUUUUGCGGGCCCCAGCCAGCCCAUGCUCGCAUUUGACAAGCCAGCCCUGCCGAUUGGAACAAUGGCGGUCGUUUCUUGGAGGACGGAUUCCAUACUCAUGCUUUGAGAUGUCACCUCGCGGUCCUUUGCGGUCCUUUGCCCUGGUGCUGGUGCUUUGUGCUCUGUUCUGCGAUUCGUUAAAUUACAGUUUCCCAGGGCUGCUGACGGGAGAAAUACCUUGGCCCUAUCUCAACAGAGCUUCUUCGAGCAGCAUCAUGAGUAGCAGCAGUCUAGCGCUGCCAUUUCUGUCGCUAAUAUGCACGCCAUAUCCAAUGUCUUGCCUGUCUGCAUUUCAGCGCGCUCAAUAAUAGUCCAUUGCCGACCCAAAAAUCCAGGGCAGCCUAGCAUGCCGGUGGCCGUUCCAGAACUUCCCCGGGCCGCGGAUAGUCCGGUCGCAGCCUCCUACCCAAUCACCGUCAAGCUUCCGAGCAGGGAACUGAACCGGAGACGUGUCCACGAGCUGAAUGCGAUUGAUGCUUCACAUGCGCCGCAGCUCGCCACGCCUUGGAAAAGACUUGGUUGAGGCUGAAUCGAGAAUUUCACGCUGCGCACGACUUCGCUGGA